GAGGUGGCGGUGGGGCAGGAGGGGUCGGCUAACCCCUGGGGCAGCAGCGGAGGUACAGCUGCUGCUGCUAGCCCCGCCGGGCCCUCCCCCUCCUCUAGCCAAGAACAUGCUCCAUCCCCGUCAGAGAUGCAGCAGGACGAUAUCCCCGCACGUCAAGGAGCCGCCAUCGAUGCCGACCACAGCAGCGUUGAUGUUAAGGGUGACCGUGUCCGGGCCCGCGGAGCCGGCGGGCCCCAUGCGACCUCCUCUGAAGCAGCAGCAGCAGCAGCCCUUCAUGGGACGCAGCACCGGCAGCAGCAGCAGCACAAGCGGGCUGGUUUCGACCGGCAGCCGAUGCGGCAGUUCAGCGCGUCAGCGGGCGGGCGAGCGGAGUACACACCCGUGCAGUCAGCUCCUAGGUCGGUGAACACCCGCCAGCGACAGGCCGCUUCCGCUCCCGCUCCUGCCUUGUCAGGAGCCACACGUCACGUCAAUACCGUUGGAGGAAACAACAACAACGGCAACAACGGCGGCAGCGGCCAGGCGGGAGGGGGUACCCCGUACUCCAACUCCCGUAACACGCUGGUGCGUGUGAACCCGUUGUUUGAAUGCCGGGACGACGGAGGAGCGUGCUCGGAGGCGGAUGAGGAUGAGGUGACGGGUCCCGCUCCCCGGGUUACUCGGUCUGGGAACGGUUCCGACUCCAUUGCUUGCGAGCUGCCGCUGCCCCCAGCGGAGCAGCUGGACCGUCUGACGCCCUGGCAUGGCAGCCGACCCACCACCCCGGCGCCCGAGUCCGUGGUAGGUCCGCUACGCCGCCGGGAGGGUGAGAACCAAGACGACUGCUUCUCGCUACAACAACAACAAGGAGGCGCAAACGUCCAACCGAUUCUGGAGCAAGACGCUGCAUCCGUUUUUGCGUACGAGAGUCCGUACGAGUACGACGCAUCCGUACAACAACAAACCCACAUGUACGGCAUGCCCACCGUGGAGGCCAGGCCUCGAGGAGGAGGGGCAGCGGCAGCCUGGCGCCCGGUUCCCUGGCCCAUGCAACAGGUGCUGGAGGAGGCCUCUGCCUCGGCCUCCGAGACGCCAUGUAGCAGCCCGCCGCUGCUGCAGCAGCAGCACCCUCGUAGGACUGCAACAGGAGUGACAGAAGAGGACAGCGCAGUCGCCGCUGCUGCUGCUUCCAUGACCUCCAUGCAGCACUCCCAGCGGUCCCAGCGGUCCCAGCAGCAACAGGAGUCCCAGUUGGCCGACAUCACACCCAACAGCAGCCUUCACACCCAACACGUCGCGCCGGACUUUGCUGCUCGUGCCAGCUGCGUGGAUUUCGGUCGUUGCGCGUCGCCGGUUGUGGUCCUGGGCCCUAGCCGCGGUUACCGAGCUAACAACAACAGCAACAACACGAGCCCCCUGGCAAGGAGCACGCCCGAGCUGGGCAGCGUGGUCCGCAUCAAUCGACGCGCCCGUCGCCGCACGCCGAAGCAACGUUACGCCGCCAACAACCGAAGCAACGACGAGAACAGCUUCUCAACCGCCUUUGGGCAACAACCAACCGCCGACGGUAUUUCACCCUCACACUACACUGCGGAUAUGACUCCAACCACGUCGGUUCGUACGGCGGGCAUGUCGCCAUCCGUCACCGGUCUGACCUCCCCGAAACCACAACAUCACCAAACAGGAGCAUGGCUAUCACCAGGAGCCCCGAAGUACGGCUCCCCGAAGAGUUGCUGCACCGCUGCUGCUGCUGGUGCUGCCACUCACACGCCCAUGCACACCGCCAUGGGCCCCCUGCGUCUCGUGACGCCCACUGCCGGCUCGCCAGCUUCCUCCCCCGCCUCGGUAUCAGGCAGGCGGCGACGGCGCUCCACUUCUGCGGCUGUCGCUUCAACCAGCUUGCGUUCCUCUCCCUCGCCAGGAGGAGCAGGAGCGUCUGUCGUCGUCAUCAGCGGCGCCCUGAGCAGCGGGGGUCGUGCGGCGGGGGUGCGCAGUGCGGAUUGCUCCCCCUGCGCUCAGUCCCUGCGAACGGAGGCGAGCAGGUUGCGGGAGGAGGUGGCGAGGCAGCGGCUUCUGGCGGAGAAUGUGGAGCAACUGGAGAACGAGCUGGCCAUGAGGCUGCAGAGUGAGACUCAGCUGCGUCAGAAGCUCCAAACGGCGGUUGCAGACGCACGGCAUGACGCCAUGCGGAUCGAGGUGCUCUCACACUUGAACGCGGUCAUGAGUGAGGACCUGAGUCAGCGGGAUGAGCGGCUGCGGGGCUUUGAGGAGCUCGUGUCUAGGAUGUACGGCGAGCUCAAGAUCAUGGCUCGUCAGGGCUUCUUGGAGCCCUCCUCCGCUGCCACCGUCAUCUCUUCUCCCGGUCUCUCCCAGCAGCAACAACCGCAACCACAACCCUCACCACACUCGCAGCAGCAGCAGCAGCAACCGCCCUACAACAAGGCGACCAACAGCACCGCCGGCGGCACCACUCCCUCUGCAGCCUCACCGCCCCCGCCCCCGCGGCGGCGCUUCUCCCUCACGACUGCCACGGAGUCGCUGCCCGGCUCGCCCUCGGCCUGCUGGCCCCUGACCACCCCUCGGAGCCUGGGACCCAUUUGGGGCACCACGACCUCGACCAUGAUGACGACGAUGAUGACGAUGUCACCAGGCGGUGGGGCAGUUGCUGGUGGCGGGGUUGCUGGUGGUGGUGGUGGUGGUUCCUCCCCGGGAGCUAGCAGCGCAGUGGUGCUCAGGUCGCCCCCUCGGGGCCCUCUGGCAGUUUCUAACACUGCGGGGGAGCCCGGGUCGCGGAGUCCUGGGGCGCUACAAGGGCUGCAGCAGUCGCUGCAGCUGACACUGCCUACGACAGGCGGCUCCGUGGCGCCCGCCUCGGCUAUGGCGGCGGGGAUGCUGGGACUGCUGGCGAAGUUGCGGGAGGGUCUCUCCGAGCGCACCCAACAAGUCGCCCGACUGGAGUCCCAGCUCGCGGAGGCUCGACUGCGGUUGCAAAGCAUUGAACAAGAGGUAUCAGCUGCUGCUGCUGCUGCUGGUGGUGCUGCGAAGAACGAGAGCUGCCCUCGUACACGACCGGAGCAGGCAGCGCCCUCACCCUCACCAGCACCCUCCCCCUCAACAUCUCAAGCUCCGGCUGCCCUAGGGACCAUUCAACGGGAAACGGUGGCUAUCCAGACGUCCCCAAGCGUCUUCGCCGGGGGUUCGAACCAGGGUCUGGGCGGCUUUGGGGCCUUCCACCCGGGACCAGGAAGUGUCGGCGGCGGUGGCGGUGGCGGUGGCAUCUCACCGCUGCGUUGCGGCGAGGGCGGUAGUGGUUCUCCUUCGCCGUUUGGCGAGGUGGAGGCGGAUGGCUGGGCGUAUGAUGAGAGCCCCCAGACGACUGGACGCGGCAGUGCAGUGGGCAGUCCGAGCCAGGGAUGUGGCUACAUUGGCCUGCUGUCGCCCGUCGGGCCUGAUCUGGAGGACCAUCCACCUGCGCCCUGGGCCAACAGCGAUGGCGGCGGCGACAGUCCCCCCGCCACCAGUAGCAUCUCCACCGCAGCAGCACAAGCCCCAGCACAGGCCCCAGUCGUGACUUUCUUCGACACAGAACAGACAUGUGAGGCCGGGGCCACUGCGCACGCAGUCCCAGUCUCACCCUCAGCCUCAUCUUCAGCCGAAGCUGCCGACUUCCCAGCAUCCCAGGACGCAGCAGCAGCAGCUGACGCCGAAGCCACUGCACAGUCAGCAGCACAAGCAGCCGCAGCAGCCGAGGCUGCCGCUGCCGCAGCAGCACUCGAGGCCAGCCUGGUUCGCGAGGCUGGCUUGCAGGCUCAGCUAGACAACCGCGAGCGGGAGGUCAUGGAGCUACUGGAGCGCACCGUCACGCUUGAAAGCGCCCUAAGUGAGCGAGACAGUCGGCUUACGGAGCUUCAGGGCUAUGCGAGCAGUCUGGCGGCAGGCCGGGAGGCUCUGCUGGCGAGCCGGGACACGCAGAUUGGGGAGCUGCAGAGGCAGGCCGGGGAGCUGGAUGCGGCACUGCGAGGGGCGGUUUCGGAGGCUGCACGGUUGCGGCAGCAGGCGGCGGAGGCGUUGUCCAGGUGUGACAGGCAGGCGGCGGAGGUUCGUGCGGUGGAGUAUCGGGAGGAGCUACUGACGAGCAAGUUGAGGCAACUCGAGGUGCGGUUCCUACACCGCGGGGACCAGCUAGCCGAGCUGCGGAAGGAGCUAUCCGCGACCAACGAGCAGCUGGCAGCCAUGCGGGCCCAGGCGGUCGCAGCGCAGGUGGAGGCGGCGGCCGCCCGCCAGGCCGCAGCAGCACUGCAGGACGCCAUGGAUGACCUGCGACGCAGCAACGGCCUAGCGGAGCUCUCCUGGCCCCUGCCACCCCUUAGCAACACACACAACCUGCACGGCCACUAUCAUGCGCAUAACCAGCAGCAGCAACCGCAGCAGCAAAACCAGCCGCAGCCGAACCAGCAGCAGCAGCAGGCUCGUGACUUGCAGCAGCAGCCGCAGCCGCCUGGGGGUGUUGCCGGUCAGUCGGCGUUACGGGCCAGUGGUGGCGGUGGCGGGGGUGCGACAGCAGCAGCCGCGGCCGCAGCCGGAGUGGCUCCGCCUGUUCGCGACAACUGGUUGACGGGUCUGGGCCGCUCACAGCGACACAUCAAUAACAACCACCACAACAACAACCCCCUGGCUAGCAGCAACGGGAGUGACAUGGUGCUCCUACCCGUCCCCGCAUGGGGCAGCAGCAAUGGCGGCGGCGGGGGCACCGGUGACGGCAGCGGCAGGGCCAGUGCAGGCGGGGCUGCGGCCGGAGGAGGAGGAGGAGGAGCACACGAACAUCGAGGUGGUGGUGGCAGCAUGGGCGGUGGGCUUGGAGUUGGAGUUGGAGGCAGCAUGGGCGGCGGUGCGGCCGGAAGCCGGGAGCGAGUGAUCCCGGAGGAGGAGGAGCACACGUUUGUGUUGCCGGGUGCGGUGCCCUCGGCUCCCCGGCCGCAUGGGCGCUGGGCGACGAGUUCAGUGCAUGUGUCGCCCUCGGCAGGCGGGGCGCCUCCGGGGGCUGUGGCGGUGGGGGCGGCUGGUGCUGGACGGGAGCUGCCGGAUCUGCGGUGGGCUCGCAGCGGGGCGUACAGGUGCUCGGCGCCGGGCAACAUGAUGCCUCCCGCUCACCUCACUCAGCUGCAACAGCAGCAGCAGCAGCUGUACCUUGCAGCCGCCGCUGCUGCCACCUGCAAUAUCGCGAUUUUGGGUUCGGAGCAUGUGGGAGCGACACAGAGCCACUCCGGAAACAAGGGAACCUGGGUGCAGCGAUUCCUUCACCGCAAGGCCUCAUCGCAGGAAGGAGGCAGCAGCCCGGGAGGGGGCGGAGCGCAGGUGGCUGCGAUUGCGACACCGACGAAGCGGCGGAAGGGCGGGGUGAAGGGAAUCGUGUUGCGCAAGUGGGUGCCGUCCUCGGCGUCCAAGACGAAGCCGCCCAAACGGACACGGUAGGGGGGCAAGGUGGAUGCAGAUGUGGAGGACAAGAGGACAACAAAGACAAGAGGGCCGCAGGACCCUUCCUUAACUUUGGACGGGAAUGAGCGGCGUGAUGUUCGAGUUGAAGCCGUAUCCUUACGGCGCUAACUAGCGGUGAAUCGUUGGCAUGGGGGCAGACAGGGGGAUGGGUAAGACUGAGGGCACCGGUAGGUGAUGGUCUUCCCCGCAGGUUGGUGCGAGAGGAGGAAACAUGCGAGGCGGAGGAAGCCGAGGACCGGAGAGGCGUGAAGCUUUAGUUGACUGGGGUGUUUGUUCCCCUUCUUGCUUCGAGCAGGAGUGCGGGACCCCGGGGGUUUGACGAAUAACGAUGCUCGUACCUGGUGCGGCGCUUAUUACUAACCGUAGGUUGGCUGUGUGGCAUUUCAUCAAAGCGUCGUACGGAUGACGGCUGCCAGGGUGGUGCAGCGGUGGCUUAAGCAAUUGCACGCUCAGUACUAUAUGUCUUAAGAGUUGCGGAGUGACAGUGUUGCAGACUGCAUGCCGCGAUCGCUACUGCGUAGUUGAAGGGCCCACGUGGUCAUACUGUACGGUCCCGUUCAUAAGCAAGUUGAUGUUUACUUGUUUCGAUCUAUAUACUUUGUAAGGAAGUUGAUAUUACUGCCUUUUCUUAAGAUCCCUUUAGUGGCACGACAAGACCCGAGAUGCUGUUGACAGCUGCGCAGCGGACUGUCCCGAUCAGCAGCCGAACUGCAGCCACUGCCCAGGCUCGCUGCCCACGUUUACAAAUGACUCUUGCUUUUCCGCGGAUUGAUCGGCCGCAAAAGCGCUGCGUCGCGGCGAUGGCGACGUCUGGGCCCAAGGAGAAGCGAGUAUUGGUUCCUAUCGCAAAUGGGACGGAGGAAAUGGAAGCUGUAAUUGUCAUCGACAUACUUCGGAGAGCAGGCGCGCGUGUAUGCGUCGCCAGUGUUGAGAGUACCAAUGAGGUCGUUUGCGCUCGCGGCGUCAGGCUGGUAGCGGACAAGCUGAUCGGCGAAUGCGGACAAAACAGCUACGACCUAAUCGCCUGCCCAGGCGGCAUGCCGGGUGCAGAGCGCCUGCGUGACUGCGCUGAGCUCGGCAGCCUGGUGCUAGCACAGAAGGAGGCGGGUCGCAUGUACGCGGCCAUCUGUGCCACCCCGUUUGUGUUCCUAGAAACCAAGGGGCUCAUCGGGGGCAAGCGGGCAACCGCACACCCGGCCUUCUCCGACGGGCUCAAAGACCAGAGCAAGGUGAUGGACCGAGUGGUGGUGGAUGGCAACCUGACCACCAGCCGGGGUCCGGGUACGGCAUUCGAGUUCGCGCUUUCCCUGGUGAAGCAGCUGUUCGGGGAGGAGAAGAUGAAGCAGGUGGCGGGGCCCAUGGUGAUGUACAACUUCAAGGUGUGAGCGGCGACAGCAGCAGCGGCAGCUGAAUGAGGGUGUGUGAGCAAUUAGGUGGAAUUGGGAUGUGUUGGGAUGUUUAGGGAACGUGUGUUGGAUUGCAGCAGCUGGGGACACAGCAGGAGGGUGCGGCCAGUUUCGGAGCUGCUGCUUUGUGUGACAUGUGUUGUGUGUCGACAAGGACGCAGCGGAGUGGGAUGGCCUUCCUUUGCAUACGGCGUUUUUCUUACCAAGCUGGGAUGCGUAGGUGUGGGGAUUCUUUGCUGGAUGGACUUGAGCACUCGCCGGCGUGGCGCUAGCCGGUAGAGUACGUAUACUUGAUCUUGCGGGGGGCGUUGCAGGUUUGUUGCUGUCCGCGUUUUGAAGGCAUUGGGACUACCGGUAAAGUGUGAGCAUGGAAGAUGCAUGUAGACACGUGUGAAUGUUGACGGGCCUGCAUGCGCGCAAAAAAUGAAGUUUGUGUCCACCGGGGGCUAUGGCGUGGAGCCAGGGUGCAUCACCCGAGACUUGGUGGACAGGGACAGAGGAGCAGGAGGGUCUUCAGCUUACUAACAUGUGUGCGUGAGGAUGGCUGAGCGUUCUUCCUAGGUUUACGCGCCGUAGUAAAGCACGUUGCAGGAGAGGUGUGUGCAAUCUGGUUGCCACCUCUGAAGGGCGCUCCUCGCCCGUGCUUGCUAUGUGCAAAGAGAAGAUGGCGGCUUAGAUAGGGUGGGCUGGAGGUUGAGGCCUUGCGGCCAUCAUCUGUAGAUCGUGCAUGAGAGCUGGUGUGACAUGAUGUGAGUGAUAUGGAGCGGCAGGAAGAGAGCCACUAGCAUAGCGUGUGUGCAACAGGGGGUGUGGUCGAUGUGUGCAGGCAGCAUGCAGGCUUAGUCUCCGUGUUGGGUUGCCUUGUUUGUAGUGCUUUUAAUGAAGGCGACGUCUGCUGCUGCUGCCUUGCAUGCUGCUGCAGCUGUUGCGGGGCC